GACAUUUCUGGUUGCGGGAGUCACUGAAGGUCUGUGGUCGUAUCUCUGAUAUUAGCUGUUUCAGACAUCGCCCUGACUUGGGUCAGCCUGUCUGUAGCGAACAUGGACCUCAAAGAAGAGCACGGUUCAAUUGGCCCAGUGACAGCUCAUGUAGGCCUACCAUGGACCAUGAAGAAAAUAACAGAGAUCAUCUCUGAUCUAAAAAAGGACAACUUCAACCUCCGGCUUCGCAUCUUCUACUAUGAGGAGUGCUUACAAAAGAAAUGUGAUGGCUCUGUGGAGGAAAUGUGCAAAACAAACAUUAACCUGAACGUGGAAGUCGAAACGCUCAAGGAAGAGAUGCGAGAACUGCAAAGAGUGUCUGUCCUUGCUAUAGAAACCAGCAGUGAAAUGGAGCUGCUACGACAGACCUGCAAUGUCCGGACCGCACAACUGGAAAAAGAUCUAGAGCUAUCUAAGAUUGAGGUAGGGAAACUUGUAGCCAUGUUGGAACAGGAAGAGAUGCGUGUACUGGAGCUUGAGAAUGAAGUCAAGGGAAACCACCAUUCAGAUACACCCACCCAAACUGAUCCACAACCCCAAGACAAGUGUCCCAACCAAAACCAGGACUUACUUAACUUGCUAGCGGAGAAAGACUGUCUCAUAGAGCAGCUCCAGGCAUCAGUAAAGUCCCAGGAUACUGUUAUAGAGCAGCUCCAGGCAUCAGUAAAGUCCCAGGAUACUGUUAUAGAGCAGCUGAGGACUGAUGGGGUCAGACAGGUCAGUGGAGACCAGCCUGCAGGUGACCCCGACAGCCAACUCACAUCCCUCAUUGAGCAGCAGGUUCUGGAACAGGAUAUUAGCAGAGAGAAGCGAAAGUUUGACAAACAGUUGAAGGACAUCCAGGAACUUCUGGAGAGGUCUAAUGUGGACAUGGCAGAGAAGGACUUCCUUCUGGCGGACAGUGAUUUCAAACUGAAGGAGCAGGAUGUCGUCAUUCUGAAACUGAACCACAAACUGCAGGAAAAAGACCAACUACUGCAGCAAGCUUCGGAGAAAGCUUCUUUUCUAUAUACGGACGAGCGAAGCAGAGAAGAGGACGCGGCCGAGGAGAAAGAUUCGGUUGAUCACCUCAGGCAGUGUAUGCAGCAGCAGGAGAGAGAGCUUCAAAUGCUCAACAACCUGCUGUUUAGCCACGAAGACUCAAUCCACGCUCUAGAGACCGAACUAGUUAAGAUGAAGGCACUGCAGGAAACCCUGGAACAGGCCAACGAGGACCUGGCAGAGAAGGAUUUUGUCCUGAUGGAGAGUGAAACCAAACUGAAGGAAAUGGAAGAGACCAUACAGACACUCACCUGCGAACUGCAGGAGAAAAACAGACUCACACAGAGCUCUGAAUGUUCAGAUAGCAACGCAAAUCACCAACAGGAGGCAGCAUUGCAGAAACAACUUCAAGACCUGGAACAGGCCUCUGAGAGAGCCAGAGAGGACAUGUUGUCUGUGAUUGAAGAGAAGAACAGGGAGAUUUGUCGACUUCAGGAAUCUCUAUUAGAUUUUCAGUCACAUCCCCCUCCUACCCAGGCAAACCUUCUGUCACACAUCCAAGAUUCUAUCAAUAGAGCCAAAGAAAAGAUUAUUUGUGCCAUCGAAUGUAAAGCGAACAACUCCUCAAAUAUGUCUCAACUGCUGCAAAAGAUCAUUGACCUGCAAGCAAAAAACACCGAAAUGUCGUACCAAGACAUAAUCAAUAGUCUGUGUAUUCAGAUGAAGGAGAGAGACCUGGAUGUGGAUCAAAACGUGGAGGCAUUUAAAUGUCCACAAACAGAGCAGGAGCUAGAGGAGAACCUCACUGAAACCCGGCGGGACGAGGACCAAGCUACCGUCUUCCCACAGAAACCAUUGACUGAACACAACACUGAGGUGAUGGAUGGCUGGUUGCAGAGACAGAACGAGGAGGGAAGGAUAGAGAUAGAACAACUGAAACAGAGACUGAGAGAGACCGAGGCUACGCUGGCUCAAAGCAAAGCAGAGAACCUAAAGCAGAUGACUGACUACCAACAGACUGUAGCAACGCUUCAGGCUGCCAUCAACAUGAACGCACACGUGUUAAAGGCUUUGGAGUCUCUGAUGGAGGACGUGGACCAAGAGCUAGAACCCGCCAGGGAAAUCUUAAGACAGCUGCAGCCAACCAAGGGAUCCUUAGAGGACUACAUCUCUCACUUACUCCAGGAGAAAAACUUUAUCAUCUCCCAACUUCAAGAAGAGUCGAGUAGAAAGUCUCAACAACUAGAGGUCAUGGUGGGUCGACUGCAAAGCCAGAAAGAGUCUAGCGACAAAGACCUUGAGGAGUUGGAACAGCAUCUGAGAGACAUGGAGGCCAUUUUGAAUCAGACAAAGCAGGAUUCAGACAUGAAGAAACUGAAGGACGACGAGAACGACAACACAAAGGUCGCUCUGUUAGAGCUCCAACUGAAGGAGCUGGAGGCCACGUUGGCCACCGAAGAACAGCUAGCCGAGGAGAAGUUGCAGAACCAGGCUGACAACAGCACCAGGGAAGUGGAGCAGUUAGAGCAGAAACUCCUGGAAACGGAGGCCGUCCUUGCCAAAACCAAAGAGGCGGAUGAGGAAAGAGGACUACACAGAGAGAAACAGCUGACAGACUACAAAGCCACUGUCGAAAAGCUUCUCGCGACCAUUUCUUUCAACGAGCGAAUGUUCAAGGAGUUGAAAGAGCAUCAGCAGCAGGUUGUAGGGAAACACGCAGAUGAGCUCCAGGAAUUCAACAGGAGGCAGCAGGAGCUGUGGUCAGCGCAGUCUCUGAUCUCAGCUAGCCUGCAGGAGAAGAGUACCGAGGUUCUUCAACUCAGAGAUACCCUGUUUCAGAAGGAGAAGGUCAUCAAGGACCUGCAAGGCCUUACCCUCCAGAGAAAAGAAACCUCAGUAAACGGGGAAGCCCCGGCGGGUCAAGAGAUUUUACCACUUAGUGAGAGGCGCCUCCAGGUUGUCCAGAAGGAGAAAGGGAGCCUGAUGGAGAGACUGAGAGCUAGUGACCGCCUGAACGAGACCCUCCACAGCCAGCUGUCCCUACACAGAGACAUCGUGGCUCAAGACAAUGCCCACGGUUUCACCUCCUCUUCACUUACAGUGGACAACAACUGUGAUGAGGACCCAUGCAUGCCUACAAUGGGUCAGAGCUAUGAGUUCACAGACAAAUGUUUAAAACCGACUGGAGAAAAUAAAUCUGAAUUUGGGAGUCAGCCAGGGUUUCCUCCCCAGAUUAUCAACAUCAACUGUGUGACAUGUGGAGCAUCCAGGCAUUCAAGCAGGACUAACCUCUCCGAUACAUGGAGAAGAUAUCAUGUUAAAAUGGAUGAUAACGCCUCUCAAAGCAGCUGGUCGUCAUGUAGCAUGGAGGACUCUGUACCUUCCUCGUUGACCAGCAGUCUAUCAGCACUGUGGGUCCAGGAAAAAACCUGUCAUGUCCAAGCUCAGACAGAUGAUUCCCUGACCCUCCAGAGGCUCAUUUCAGAGGGGAAUACACUGACAAAUGUCAUGAUUCAGCUACUGCAGGAUUGCUUUCGUAAACCCCACGCUGACCCUCAGGCAACGGUGGACCAGAAGCUUGUCAAGCAACUCUCUGCAACAAUUGCUGCCAGCCAACAUGCCUUAGAAGAAGCCAGCCGUCUCCUGAAGCACGAGGGCAGAAAUAGUACACAGCUGAAGAGUAAAAAUGUGACGCCUUCUGACUUCAACAGGGGAAACCUUGAACUAAAGAAUGAAAUCGAGAUGUUGACAAUGGGGCAAUGCUAUAACAAGAAGAUGCUCUCAGAGGCAAUCAAGCGCCUGAGGAAAGUCAACCGGAGGAAACUUUAAACAGCACAUAGCAUAAAAAACAACACAUGUACAAUACAAUGCAUUGUAAAACAACGGUAUAAGUACUCCGCUUCUUUAUCUCUUAAUCUCAAGCAAGUUGUGUUUUCAAUACUACAAUGUUAUUACUCCACAUGGGUUCCA